AUGGCGUCUAUUGAGAAGGCAGAGCCGACGACGAUGGAAGUCGAGGCUGUGCCCAAGUUGACAGAGCACUCCAACCCUGACCAGCUUGCUGAAUUCGAGCCCAAGCGCGCUCGUUCUAUCAGACGCAAGGUCGACUUACGCCUCCUGCCUGCUCUAGCAUUUAUGUACGCCAUCUGUCUCAUCGAUAGGAACAAUCUGGCCGCAUUAGCACUUGCUGGCAUGACGGUCGAGCUUAAAAUAGUUACAGGCUAUGGCUACAACCUGAUCAACAUGUCGUUCUUCAUCACAUAUAUCCUAUUGCAGCCAGUCAUGAUCAUCGUCGGCAGGAAGAUAGGACCUCGAUGGUUUCUACCAGCGUGUGUGGUCCUCUGGGGCUGCCUCAUAAUUGGUGCUGCGUGGAGUCCGAAUUGGACCACACUGCUCGGCAUCAGACUCAUCCUGGGCUGCUUGGAAGCCGGCUUCUUUCCCUGCUGCGUGUAUCUUAUUAGUGCAUGGUAUACAAGAUUCGAGAGCGCGAAGAGAUACUCCGCUUUCUAUCUGACUGGUAGCUGCAUGGCAGCUCUUGCGAGUGUUGUCUCAUACGGUCUGUCCGAAAUGAAAGGAAUUGGUGGCUUGUCAGGAUGGCGAUGGAUCCUGAUCAUGUUCGGCAUCUUCACAGUAGGAGCAGGCGCCUACGGAGCUCUGACUAUGGUCAAGUUCCCAGACGAGGAGCUUAAGAAGCCCUCUCCCAAGUUCCUCAACAGAGACGACCUUGACUUUGCGACUGCUCGACUGCACGCUGAUCGGGCUGAUGUUGAGCUCGAGCCCUACGGACUGGUACAUCUAUGGUUCCCAGCUUUACUCAUGCUGAACACUGCGCUCGGCUACGCAUUUGCGUUCACGCUGCCGGUCAUCCUACGAGGAUCGCUCGGCUUCAGCGUUGCUAAAGCCCUUUGCUUAACAACGCCACCGUACUUCUGCUCCGCAUUGGUCAUGUUCGGCGCAGCAUGGAUCAGCGACAAGUACCAGACACGCGGUCCUGUCUUGAUCACACUGACUUUGAUCUCGCUUGUUGGGCUGCCCAUCAUGGGCUGGGUCAAGAAUCCAUGGGUGCAAUACUUUGGGGUCUUCGUCACGAUCAGCGGCGCAAACAGCGCUAUUCCUAGUGUCAUGGCAUAUCAGGCCACCAACAUCCGAGGCCAAUGGAGGCGAGCAUUUUGCUCCGCUUCCUUGACCGGGUUGGGAGGUAUCGGCGGGAUCAUCGGCGCUCUGAUCUUCAGGGCUCAGGAUGCUCCAAAGUACUAUCCGGGCUUCAUUGCCUGCAUCGUCGCAUCGGUACUCAUCAUUAUUAUCGUGCUGAUCAUGUCGUGGUACUUCCGUCGAUGCAAUGCUCAGGCGGAUCGAGGCGAAAGGAUUCUGCUAGGCGAUCCGAACUUCAGGUUCACCAUUUAG